AAUUAAAAGCAUUUCAUUAUCGCCGACCCUUUCCACCAACGACUCUCUUCUAACUGCCUCCCUUCUAACAACGUAGUUUUCAAUCUCUCUCCAUUAAAACCCCAGACAUCCCCACCACCCCUCCAUCAACCUUCCCUUCUUUCAUCUCUCUCUCUCUCUCUCUCUCUCUCUCUCUCUCUCUCUCUCUCUCUCUCUCUCUCUCUCUGUGUGUGUGUGUAUAAGGAGGAAAAGAAGAAGAACAGAGGAGGAAAGAUGGGUUUGGGUGUUCUCAUAUCUUACUUGGCAGCCUCUUUCCUCUUCAUACAACCAAUCGUAGCAUCAGACCACGCCUUAUCUCCUGUUUUUGCUCCUGUUUUUAAUGGUAUAUGUGAUGCAAUUGAGUGUGGAAAGGGGACUUGCAAUGCUUCUUCGAAUUUCACGUUUACAUGCGAAUGCAAUCCAGGGUGGAGUCAGUUCCAUAUUGGUGAUGACUUCAAGUUCAUGCCCUGUGUUAUUCCCAACUGUUCUCUGAAUUACGACUGCAACAAUGCGUCGGCUUUAGCUCCGGCUCCAUCAUCCUUACCGGACCACACUAAUCAUUCCAUUAUCGAUCCAUGCAAGUGGUCUUACUGCGGCGAAGGUACAUGCGUGAGAACGUCGCAAUUCGGGCACCGUUGUGACUGUAAAGAAGGAUUCACCAAUAUUCUCAAUGUUACCAACUUCCCAUGCUUUAGUGACUGUGGAGUUGGAGCAGAUUGUAAGACCCUUGGCAUUGGAGUAUCGAACCGAUCAUCUUCUACGCCUAGUUUGUCCGAGAAUGGUGGCGCAUCAAACCAAGAUGGCUCUAGUCCUUUGAGAAAUGCGGUUUGGUCGACUAUCUUCGUGAUUUCUUUAGCAAUGGUUCCAUUGCUUUAGAAUACACAGUAUCAGCACUAGAUAUCUCCUUUAUUCGGACAUAGCUUUAGACCGAGACAGAUUUUAUAUUAUGAUUUUCUAUCAUUCCUAUUUGAUAUUUUCAUGUGAAAUUCAGUUUGAAAGAAAAAUCUGUUUUGUAAUAUUUUGUGUAGUAAAUAAAAUUUAUUGAGUGUCUUCUAUGUUCAA